CCUAAACGGCAAUUUAAAUAUAAUAAAACCUAUUUAAAAAGGCGUGGCGUAUUUUAUUUUCUACCGACUAGAAAACAAACGUUACAUAAAUUGUAACACUUUUGUUAUUGUCAAAAGCUUUUAACAUAAUUAGUAGCAAAGCAAUUAAACGAUAAUCAAUUAAACAAAUUGACAAGUUGUUUGUUUUGAUAUUUCGAUCCUGAACGUUAAUUUACAAAAUCACGAAAUGUUGACUUUGUGAAAAACCGUGAAGCGUUUGUAUUUUAUAAAAUAAUAAUUAUGCUGAAAAUUUAUUGAAAUAUGGACGAUACAAAUAAUGAUACCCUGGAUUUAUCAAGGCGUGGAUUGAAGAAAGUAGAGAAGGCUCCUACUGAGGAAGCUAAAACAAUUAUCAACCUAAUCCUUGACCAGAAUGAGCUUCAACGGUUGGACAACAUUGACACAUACAACAGAGUUGAAAACUUGUCAAUAUGCAACAAUUUUCUGAUGCGAAUGCAUGGGGUAUCCCGCAUGACAAAUAUCCGCAUCCUAGCUCUCAGCAACAAUGGCAUACUUCAAAUUGAGGGGCUCAAGGACCUGAUUUAUUUAAAAGUGUUAAAACUUGCUGGUAAUAACAUAAAGUCGAUAGAACAUUUGAAUCACAACAUUCACCUGGAGCAUUUAGACCUGUCCAACAACCAGAUAUCAUUUAUUGCUGAUAUUUCGUAUCUCAAGAAUUUAAAGCAUCUGAACCUGGAGCGCAACCGCAUAAUGGACCUGCGACAGUGCGACCGCUACGUGCCGCCGCACCUUUCGCACCUUGGACUGGCGCACAACAACAUCCAGGAUCUAAACGAGGUGUCGCACCUGGUGCACCUGUCGGCGCUCGACAGCUUCUCCGUGCAAGGGAACCCGUGCGUUGCGCUGGCCGGCAAAGACAAGCUGGGAUUCGACUAUCGUCCAUUUGUUCUGAAUUGGAUUAUGAGUGUCAAAUCUAUCGACGGGUUUAUCGUCAGCGCUAUAGAAAGUCUCAAAGCAGAAUGGUUAUAUAGCCAAGGCAAAGGCAGGCAUUUUCAUACGGGCCAGCAACGAGAGUUAUGUGAAUACCUCGCCUCCACGUGCCCUCUGACAGCUGAUGCGUUGGAGACUGAAGAUCAGAGGAAAUUGCGCCUUAUUCUCAGUAAGGCUCAACAUCACCAACAACAACUGAAGGAUCAGAAUCACAGCCCAGUUAAGUCCAGAAUACAGUCGCCCAGGAUGCAAUCGAGGAUGUCUCAAAGGAAUAUGGGUAGAUCGCCAGACCGACUUAGCUCGAGCUUCCAUGGAGGUAUACAUAAAACUGGCUCUCCUUCGCACAUGAUGUCGAUGUCUUGUUCCGGGGAAUUACCCACACCGCCAUCUACUUUUGACAGCCCGCAACAUUCCCAAAGACAAGAUAGACUCACAGAACAACAACAACAACAAAAUCAUCAACAUCAACAACAACAACAAAAUCAUCAACAUCAACAACAAAUUCCACAUCAACUUCCACAACAACUGAAAGCAAUAAACCAUUCACUAGAAGCCGCUUCGAAAAUGGUACCUGUUCCUGAAUCACUUAUGAGUCCAGACUACCAAGAUCCAAUAUUCGACAUACAGAAAACCAUACCAAAGACAAACUCUGCCAACGUCUCAAAUACAUCGUCACAAUCUUCAAACAGCAGCGUUAAUGAAGAGAGAAAAUCAGUAAACAAGAACAUAAAAGGCUCGCCAAAGCUAACCAAAAGUGCUACCUCGUCCCCGAAGUUAAAGUCCAAAAUCGAACGCAAAGGAAGUUUAACAAAAAUCGAGAUAGAUAAAAAAAUUAAUGGUUUAACGAAAGAUAAUACAGAUCAAAUAGACCCGGAUAAACUGGAAGUGAUAAAGCUCGCGUCGAAUCAGAGGCGGCAGAAGAAGAUGAGCGUCGAAACAAUGGCAGCAGUCACCAUACAGAAGAUGUGGAGGGGAUACCGGAGUAGGAAUCUCAAUAAAGAUACACUGAGGAUUCUACAUGCGAUCCAAGCGGCGAGGGCCAGGCAACAUAUACAAAGGUUAACAUGCGACAUGGAAGCGACAAAGGCCGCGUUAGAAAGCGAGAGGAAAAUACAGCAAUUACAAAUGCAAGCUAUCAACGCUCUCUGGAAGAAGGUGUCUACACUACAAAAUAUUGACCCAAAGAACAAGGAUUCAGAAUCGGAAGACAAUACGGAGGCCUUGAGGCAUCUAACGGAAACUUGUGUUAAUUUGCAAGCACAGGUGGUGGAGCUGCAAAGUUGUAUGCAAGAAGUGUUGCACGCGGUGCGCUGUAGAAACCGAGCGGAACCAGUGGCUACCCAGACAGACAUCGUCGCAGUUUUAACGCCGCAGGAGGAGAGAUGUGGUUGGCUGCGCCGGCCGCAAUCGCUCGCUAUCUCAGCCACCGUGCCGGCCGCUUCCGCGCUUCACAACGAACUACUUGUUAAAGCAACCGAGGUGGACGCCUUGGACAUCGAGCGUACGGAGUCUGUUAUCGAGGAGCCCAGUAUAGACGACCUCACCGAGCGAGAGCUGAUCGUCGACUGAUGAUUGUUUACGGUUAGGCUCAUAGUUCAUACGCGUUCACACAAACAAGACAAUGGGAGUUAAUUAAAACACCGCGUUACGCUUAAGGGUGUUUGUCCACUGCCGCCGACACCGAGAAACGAGAUAAGGGACUAAUUAGGGUCGACUUCGCAACUGUAGUCGAUUAUUUCUUACCCGUCUCAUUUGGUAAACAAUAUUUUCGUUAUUUUCUAGUUUAAAGAUUGUUUUAAAACAAUAAAAACAUACUUAUUUCGUUUGUAAUUUGUUGAAUACACAUUUUUUUAAAUUCUGUUAUUACAUAAAAGACGGAUUAGAAAAAAUGGGGUAUGCGUGAUCCACCACGAACGCUCUCGUGGUUCAGUCUUGCUUUUACUGAGACGGUACUGUGAAAUGUGUUUAUAAAUAUAGUGGUAUUGUAAGUUGGAAGGCGAAAAUUUUGAAUUUAUGUCUAUGUAUACUACAACGAGCCUCGUUCUCCUCGGCAACAGUAGACAAACGUUCUAAGUUCGUGAAAUGUCGAUAUUUACCUCCAAACUCAUUGAGGCCUAACGCCGACGACCGAUUUUAGUCUGGACAAGAGAAAAAAAUAAAGUCAGUCUUUACUGAUUCGGUCUGGACAUACUUUCCUCAGUUUUUGUAAGACAACUGUUUGUGGGACAUUAGCAAAUUCAUAGGGCGUUCGACGUAUUUUUGAGCGCUUAAAAUGCAAAUAACAGAAUAAUAGCAUGCAUUGCUAACGACAUUGUCGCGUACCAUGCGGCUGAUUUUUGCUAUUGACGUCAUUGGCGUAUUUCCUUUCUGCUUCAGAUCUUAACGGGAGUAAAAUUUGACUUCAAAGUUAAGUAUUUUGUAAAGUGUGCGUGGCUUGCCGCUUUUUUAUCAUAAUAAAUCAUUGCUAAUUACCAUGAAGCCUUUGCUUAAGCUAUGCAUGCUAUAGGCAAAAGUUUAAGAUAACUUACAAUAAGAAAAAAAAAGUGUGUGUACUCUUGUUACACGCGUUA